AUGCAACGACUAUCGCAUCAUCCAUUAUGGCGAGGCAUGAGGCAACAGCAACAAAGCUCUUCAUCCGAUAUGUGGUCUCGCUUUGCUUCAUGGUUUGGUGAUUAUCAUCACGAUCAAAAAUUACGUGCUUCUUUUUUGGGUACUUUCAAGACGCAACGGCAACAACAAGCCAUCAUUGCAUCCCGGCAACGGCGGUCAGCUCUCAAAGACACGGUAUCUACCACCGGUCCUGGUGCCACAAUAACGAAUCAUACUCCACACCACAGGGUGAUUAAGAAACGACGCUCUAAUAGCAAUACAGCACUUGCCAAUCAUCAACAUGAACAACAACAACAGCAACAACAACAACAACAACAACCAAUGGAUUCAUCAUCUUCAUGUUGUUCAUCAAGGAGUAGUACACCAAAGCCAUCUUUGCGUCAACAACAUUCACCUGUCAUCCGAUCCUGCCGUUCAGUGACCGAACUUCAUCGGCCCGUCCCGUGUAAAGCUCUUCAGUUACCCCCGCCAUGGCCUUCUCCAUCAGCAGGUCUUGCUGAUCAGCUGCUUCAACCUAGGAAAUGGGCUUCGUUCCAUGAUCUUAGAGGGGAAAGUAAUUUGGAUCUGUUGGCCACGCAGGCGACCCAACAGCAACCUAUGCAGCAGUUUAUUUCAUCUUGUUCUUCUUCCUCGUCAUCACCAUCAUCUCAAUCAUCAUCAUCCUCUUUACCACCACCACCUGCUAUUCGCUCACCACCUUCGCAUCAUUUUCACCACCAUCACCAUCACCACUCCGCCACAAGUGCCAUUCAAUUGCCUUCUCCCAGUGAAAUGCUAGCCCGUCGCCAUCAUCCACCUCCCACAGGUUUGGUGUAG